UCCUCAUCGUCAGUGAUUUCCAGCUCUGCUCGGAUCAUGAGGCGGCGCUGCGGAGUCUGAACAUGGCUUCCUACGACCAGCUGGCCCUCCAGGUGGAGGUUCUCCGGAAGGAGAACUCCCACCUGCGGAGGGAGCUGGAGGACAACUCCAACCACCUGUCCAAGCUGGAGACGGAGACGUUCGGCAUGAAGGAGGUGCUGAAGCAGCUGCAGAGUAAACUGGAGCAGGAGGCGGGAACUCUGGCGUCGUCUGGGAGGAGCGACGUUCUGCACCAGCUCAAAGAGCUCCACAUGGACCUCACCAACUACUACGAGCUCAAACACCAACCCCACAACCUGCGGCUGCUGACGGGCGGCCUUGGGGGGCCGGGGCUCCCCGGGCUCCCGGGGCUCCAGGGGCCGGGGCUGGGCGGGGCCGGGGACGACCACCUGGCCCUGCCCCCGUCCUCCAGCUGCUCGUCCUCCUCCUCCAUGGCGGCGGGUCGGGCCAGGAACCCCCUGAGGCCGGCGUCCCGCCAGAGCCUGGCGUCCGGCGGGGACGUCCUGUCCGCCGCCGCCUCCAUCAUGAUGCCGCAUCACUUCCUGGACGGGGCCCCGCCCAAGACGGCGGUGAUUAGCGGAGCAGACGGACGACUGAGCGACCAUCACCUGGAGGAGCUGUACAAGGAGAGGAACCUCCUGCUGGGGGAGAUCGACCGGGAGGAGCGGGAGCGUUGCUGGUACUUCAGCCAGCUGGAGGCGCUGUCGCAGAAACUGGCUCAGCUGCCGCGCAUCGACACGUUUUCCCUGCAGAUGGAUCUGAUCCGGCAGCAGCUGGAGUUCGAGGUCCAGCAGGUCCGAUCCGUGAUGGAGGAGCGCUUCGGCUCCAGCGACGAGAUGGUGCAGAGGACUCAGGUGCGCGUCGCUCGCCUGGAGCAGCUGGAGAAGGAGCUGCAGGAGAUCCGAGGAAACCAGGAGACCCAGCUGCAGCUCUCUGGAGCAGAGAAGCCCCCUGCUGGAGAGCCGGAGAACUGCAGCUCGUCCUCGGCUGCAGCAGCAGACGCCGCGGACGGAGGCAGCAAGGUGGAGAUGGUCUUCUGGCUGCUGUCCAUGCUGGCCAACAGGGACAAGGAGGAGAUGUCCCGCACUCUGCUGGCUCUGUCCAGCUCCCAGGACAGCUGCAUCGCCAUGAGGAAGUCCGGCUGCGUGCCCCUGCUGGUCCAGAUCCUGCACGAGGCCCCGGGCGACGGCAGCGCCGGUCCCGGAGAGACCACGGCGGGCGGCGCGCCCAAGGGCUGCAGCCGCGAGGCCAAGUCCCGGGCCAGCGCCGCCCUGCACAACAUCAUCUACUCGCAGCAGGACGAGGGCCAGGCCCGCCGGGAGAUGCGGGUGCUGCACAUGCUGGAGCAGGUCCGGACCUACUGCGACAGCGGCUGGGACUGGAUCGAGAGCCACGCCGCCACGCCUUCCCCUGGGGGAACCAAGACCACAGAUAUUCCUGAACCCGUGGACCCUCAGAUCUGCCAGGCCAUGUGUGCCAUCAUGAAGCUUUCCUUCGAGGAGGAGUACCGGCGAGCCAUGAACGAAUUAGGGGGCCUGCAGGUGGUGGCAGAUCUGAUCCACCUGGACCAGGACAUGUACGGCGUCCAGAACGACCCCAUCAACAUGGCGCUGCGCCGCUACUCCGGGAUGGCUAUGACCAAUCUCACCUUCGGGGACGUCGUCAACAAGGCCACCCUGUGCUCAAAGAAGAGCUGCCUCCAGGCUCUGGUGGCCCAGCUGGCCUCCGACAGCGAGGAGCUCCAUCAGGUGGUGUCCAGCAUCCUGAGGAACCUGUCCUGGAGGGCCGACAUCAGCAGCAAGAGGGUCCUGAGGGACAUCGGCUGCGUGUCCGCUCUGAUGACCUGUGCGCUGCAGGCAACCAAGGAGUCCACCCUGAAGAGUCUCCUGAGCGCUCUGUGGAACCUGUCCGCUCACAACAUCGACAACAAGGUGGCCAUCUGCUCGGUGGACGGCGCUCUGGGCUUCCUGGUCAGCACCCUGACGUACCGCUGCCAGACCAACUCGCUGGCCAUCAUCGAGAGCGGCGGAGGGAUCCUCCGAAACGUGUCCAGCCUCAUCGCCACACGGGAGGACUACAGGCAAGUCUUGAGGGACCACAACUGCCUCCAGACUCUCCUGCAGCACCUCCGCUCCCACAGCCUGACCAUCGUAAGCAACGCCUGCGGGACCCUCUGGAACCUCUCCGCCAGAAGUUGCAAAGACCAGGAACUGCUGUGGGACCUUGGCGCCGUCAGCAUGCUGCGCAACCUUAUUCACUCCAAGCACAAGAUGAUAGCCAUGGGCAGCGCCGCGGCUUUGAGGAACCUCCUCACCAAUCGACCCCUGAAGUACAAAGAUGCUGCAGUGGUGUCUCCUGGAUCCUGCAUGCCGUCGCUCUACAUGAGGAAACAGAAGGCGCUGGAGGCAGAGUUGGACGCUAAACACCUAUCGGAGACUUUCGAUACCCUUGAGAAACAGAGCCCAAAGCACCUGACCCUCAACAAGCCCCUACGGCAAAUUGAAAGUCUGGCAAAGGAUUACGCGUCUGAUUCAGGGUGUUUUGAUGACGACGAGGGGCCCAACAUCUCCAGCAGCCUGGAAACCGGUAGCUUUUCCAUGCUGUCGAUGUUCCUCACCAACUCCAACCUUCAGCAAAACCAAGCUCGUAAGAGGGACAGCGAACCUGAGCGGGACUUAAACCCGUCUCAGAUGGCUGACAAGAGACACGCUCCUCCUGAAGACGUGGUCUGUGCUGCUGCUGAAAAGCUUGCGAAAAAGAUCACCCACACUGUCGCCAAGAUCGACAGACUGGUGGAGGACAUCACCAUGCACACCUCCUCCGAGGACAGUUUGAGCCUCAGCUCCGAGGACCAUCUGGCAGACUGGCCGUACGGACUGGACGAACUCAACGAGGCUCGGGCGAACUCGUGCUCCCCUUGCUGUCUUUCUGAUACCAGCAGCUUGGCGCACAGAGAGCGCCUCAGCAGAGCCCACGCUCUCCUGCGCCUCAAAACUGCACAAUCAAGCGUAUCGACGGACAGCCUGAACAGCGGCAGCACCAGCGAUGGCUACUGCGGCAGCAAAGACCAGAUCCGGCCCAAUCCAAGAGCGCUAAUGAUGCAACAACGACCCAACCAGCUUGACCUCAAGGUGGCUCAUCAAGAGUACCUGAACGUAGGACCUGCCAUGCUGCACGACACCAGCCAUCAGGAUAUUCCGGAGAGGGAUUCUGUGGACAAUAAAGAUGUGAAGGAUGUGGAUCUCAACACGGACACAGAAAAGAACCAAGAACCGCCGUUACAAACACCCGUCAGUGCGUCCACUAAAAUGUCUUCUGACGUCAGCAUGACGUCAAUUAAACUGUCUCCUUCUUACCAACAAGUCCCACUGAUUCAGAGUGUGACUAAAUUCGGCGUUGCAAAGACAGCCAUCAAUGUCCAGGCUGCCCAAGCAAUGAGGAGACAGGCAUGGGUACCCACUGUGAUGACUGGGGGUAGUAUUACAAAAUUUCCUCCAGUGACUUCCACCAGAAGUCCAACCAUCGGAGCGAUGGAGACGGUGCAGAAAUACUCUGUGGAAAACACCCCCAUCUGCUUCUCGCGAUGCAGUUCACUGUCGUCGUUGUCCUCUGGUGAUGGAGCGCUGGAUGGACAGAGUGAGAACGAGCUUGAGAGUGACUCUUCAUUGGAGAUAAUUGAAGUGGAGGAUGGAGAAGUAGCGAAGCAAGUCCAAGAGGAUGAAACCUUGGAGGAUCUGAGCGACAGCCAGCUACUGUUAACGGAUUCAAAAACCUUCCCCAGCAAAGACACAGAUCCCACCGGGAUCCCAUCCUCUGAGAAGAAGGAAAAGGUGUUCCUCAGGGGAGCUUCACCGGCAAUAGUCGAAGACAGAUCUCCGUCCAGUUCAUCUGAGAACUACAUCCAUGAAACGCCUCUGGUUUUAAGUCGCUGCAGCUCCGUCAGUUCCCUGGGCAGCUUCGAGUCUCCUUCCAUCGCCAGUUCAAUCCAGAGCGACCCCUGCAGCGAGAUGAUCGAUGGAACAAUAAGCCCCAGUGAUCUCCCAGAUAGCCCCGGGCAAACGAUGCCUCCCAGUCGGAGUAAAACGCCAUGCUGCCUUGAGCCUAAUGGACCAGACGCGCAGACCGCGGGCAUUGCAGGGCAAUGGGAAAACAGCCUAAGGAAGUUCAUGGAGAUCACAGACUCUAAGGAAAGGUUCAACCUUCCUCCCGACCUCGACACUAUGAUCUACUUCACGGUGGAAAAGCCCACCGAAAACUUUUCCUGCGCCUCGAGUUUAAGUGCUCUGCCUCUUCACGAGCACUACAUCCAGAAAGAAGUUGAGCUGAAACUGACGCCCUUACUCCAGCAAAAUGAGAAGAAUCUCCCUUUCCCUGAAGAAGAGGAGCAGGGAUUCGACAACGCGGAGCGGUACAGCGAAGGCAACUCAGACGAUGACAUCGAAAUCCUAAAAGAAUGCAUCAACUCAGCAAUGCCCUCAAAGUUUAGAAAAGUGAGACCAUCUCUGAUGACCACCAUCCCGCCUCAUCUACUCAACUCGCAGAUAAGAAAACCAAUUCAUCUUCCCGUUUACAUGAUGCUCCCGAAUGGAAAAACUCAAAUAUGUCCUGGGAGGAGAAUAGUCAUCCCACAAAAGGACUUCAAACUUGAUGAUUCCUCUUUUACCGAUUCUGCAGAAGGUACACCGGUCAACUUCUCCAGCACGACGUCGCUCAGUGACGACACACUUCAGUACUCAGUGAAGGACAAGGGGGCUAAAGACUGCACGGCCAAAGGUCUGAAUUCAAUGGACAAUGAAGAAAAGAGGAUAGAGGACUUGAGGAUAUUCUCCCAUUUCCAUAAACCGAACAGGAUGACGAACUGCGCAACAGAGGCACAAAUGAAUCGGAUGAGCAAACAUGUGGUUCCCACUCAGAGGGUGCUCAUGCAAAGCAAAGAGGUGGCCGAUAGAGUGGCCAACCAGAAGAAUCGCGAUCAGUCUCCCAAUCAGCAAAAGCGGCGUCAAGGUCAAGGCCCCGUCAGGAAAUUUGAACUGCCUGUAAUAAAGCAAAACCCGGAUGGAAACCUUAAUGCUGGAUCACAGAAAGGAAACACGCUGGUUCGACAAUUGACGCUGUCUUCGGAGGACAGCAACGGCUUCUAUGACGAUGAGAAUAAUGAAGUACGCAAACAAACCAACAGAAAACAGAUGAGGGACGCUAGAAAUACCCUGUCACGAAGCAUGACAAAUAUAGGCAGGGUGGACAAUACCCAAGUAAAGCCCAGAGGCUUUAACAAGAUCAAACAGAGUCUGAUAAGGGAUGAUUCCUUAGCAUGUUACUCGCUCAGCUCGUCUCUCAGUUCGCUCAGCGAUGCGGAAUUUGAGGAUCAGAAAUUGAAAGCUCAGCAAAUAUGGUACAAGAACAGGCACAACAGAUCACUGAACAUGAUGCAACAAAUGAAGCCCGUGACCAUCCACUGCCAAUAUGAGGAGCAGAGCUCGCCGAGCUCGGUCAGCAUGGACUCCGAGGACGACCUCCUUCAAAAGUGCAUAACGUCUGCCAUGCCCAAGCAGAGGCGGAAGAUGGCUGCAAGGAAGAAGAAAGGAAAGAGUGCCCAAAAACAAAGUCAAAGAUCCUCCGAUGGUUGGGACAUGGAUCAGGGCAUGGAUAGUGAUGACACAGCAUGGGAUAACGAUUCAGACCUCAACAGUGUUGAGUGGAGAGCCAUACAAGAAGGUGCCGAUUGUGUUGUCAGUGGGCUGCAGGCAUCAAAGUCUCAGGAGCCGUCUUCUGAAGAGACCGAGUCAGUCUUGUCAUUCAUGUCGACGUCCAGCUUUACGCCAAGAGAAAAGAAGUUUGCAAAAGAGAAAAAAGCUAAUAAGCCUCUGGACUUUGCACAGCGAAAGCCAGUCCCAAACCUGCCGAUGGUUUUUAGAGGCAGGACGGUGAUCUACACUCCGAAAAAAGACACGCCUCCAUCACAAAGACCUCCUCCCAGAAAGGUGCAAACCAAGAUGGAUGCUCCAAAGAACCCAAACCUCGCUCAGCACCGAUCAAAGAGCCUUCACAGACUAGGCUGGCCCCAGGAUAUGGAGCUGUCUCUCCCAAAGAGGAGCUCCACUCCACCUCCAAGAAUACCAAAAAGCUCUUCCUCCGGGUCAUCACAGAGCUCUACGCCAUCCAGACAGUCACACACAAAGAUAACAUCCCCAAUACAGAUAAAUAGAUCCAUCCAGAGAAAGCCAUCUACGCCAGCCAGUAGCCCACCAGCCAGUAGUCCCCCUGAAAGAAGGGGACGGUCUCCUGUUGUGAAUCAACAUGAGAAAUCUCCACCGCCCAAAACUCAGAAGUCACCUGUUCGAAUUCCCUUCAUGCAGACUACAGUCAGGCAAACUAGACCUCUGUCACCGCUAGUGACCAACCAAACAGCCAAUAAGCAGACCGGUCAGGUCAGUGGGAAAAGGAUGCCACCAGGGAACAGAUUUGAUCUUGUCAGGAUGACCUCUGUUCACUCCAGUGGCGGCGAGUCCGAUAGGAGUGGAUUCUUGAGACAGCUGACUUUCAUCAAGGAGUCAAAGACAGCGCUGAGACGGGACGGCUCUCCUCACAAGAGGGGAUGUUCGCAUAGCGGAUCCCCACACAGGACAGGUCCCGGAGCCUCAGCUGUCUUUCUUUGCUCAUCUCGCUGUCAGGAGCUAAAGGCUGCAGCGCAAACCCAGAGAAAGGUGCUGGUGAAAGGUCCUAAUCGAGCACAGUCGGUCCAGAAUCCAAACCCCAACCUCCAGAAGCAAACAGCAAACCUCUCCAGAGCUACAUCCAGUGAAAGGGAUCUAUCUGGAAGACGUCUGUCCAGGAGAACCAGCUCUGAGAGUCCCUGCAGGGCGGCUCAGAGAAACGGGCCUGGAAGAACGCCUGGACUUCGGCAGAAACAGGACAAGGACACCUUCAAACGUCACGCUUCAUCCCCAAGCAUCAAUAUACUGAGUCGAGUGACCAGCCGCUCUUCCCUGCGCUCAUCGUCAUCCGAUUCAAGUGGAAGGGCAAAAAGCGAGGAUGACACAAAGAAGCGAGGUCAAAGAUCCACAUCACGACAUAAUGAUGGGAUCACCUGGAGGAGGAUUAGGGAUGAAGAUGUACCUCAAAUCUUGAAAAGCACCCUACCGGCCAAUGCAUUACCUCUGGUGCCUUCUCCUGACGGGGAAAAGCCAAAGACACCAGCUCUUCCAGGAAAACUGCCCACAAUCGUACUUGCAUCUCGGAAGACGAGUGAUGCGACAGUCCAGACCGAAGACUUCUCAAACAACAAGACUCACUCGAGCACCUCUCCAACGGUCGAACCACUUCCAGUGAUGUUUGAAGAGGAAACGAGACAGGCUCUCCACAAAAACAUCAGCACCAGCUCCGGGGGCAACCGCCAGGACGGCGAGUUGGAUGUCCUACUGAGGAGUCAAGGCACCACAAGCACAUCAGACAACCACGUUGGUGGAGCUGUCACCUUCCGUCAAGGAUCCCCAAGCAAGGCUGCCCGAGUCACUCCAUUUAACUACACCCCCAGCCCCAUGGCCUCCUGCCUGCAGGACAUGCAUAGCCAAGCAGCCACCAUCAAUGAGAAGUCCGGGGGGAAAGCCGAUUCUUAGGGGGAUCCCUGGCUCCAGAAUGAAACUAAGACCUACAUGGACACAUGAGUGCACCGGUCUUAUACCUCUUGUAUUGACCCUUUACUAUUUACUGCAUUCAAGUUUUUCCCCUUUCCGAAAAACUGAUCAAACGCUUCCAUCUACCAUGCGUACAGAAUUGGACGUAUGCAUCUUGACGUGUCAAGAUGAAAACAGACACUUCAAAUGGGAAGGAAAAAAAAGAUCAACAAAAAGCGCAUUUUUUUGUACUUAUUUCUUUUUUUUUGUACUUGUACUAUAAUCACGGCCUGGUAGGAAGUAGAGAAGACAUGAAGCAAAAAAAAACCUUCAUUUCAUUAUGUUAACCAUCAUCAUCUGCUGGAAACGAUUGAUAAGAACAAUCUUAUGCAAGCUUUGAAUGAACUGAACUAUAAACUGAAACGACUGCAGACAGACCAAACAAGGACACCAACCUCACCAAGGACACAACCUCACCAAGGACACAACCUCACCAAGGACACAACCUCACCAAGGUCACCAACCCACCAAGGAAACAACACACCAAGAACAGAGACCCACCAAGGUCACCAACCCACCAAGGAAACAACACACCAAGAACAGAGACCCACCAAGGACACCAACCACACCAAGGAAACAACCCACCAAGGAAACAACCCACCAAGAACAGAGAACCAUCAAGGACACCAACCCCCCAAGGACUCCAACCCACCAAGAACAGAGAACCAUCAAGGACACCAACACACCAAGGAAACAACCCACCAAGAACAGAGACCCACCAAGGACACCAACACACCAAGGAAACAACACACCAAGAACAGAGACCCACCAAGGACUCCAACCCACCAAGCAAACAGCCUCACCAAGGACACAAACCCACCAAGAACAGAGACUCACCAAGGACACCGACCCACCCACUUUUCACCUUUCUGACUAUUCAAAAACUAUGUAUAUGUAGUUGUGUUUUGUUUUUUUUAUUACAGAAACUGCUUUAAAGCUUUGAGCCCUUGUGUUACCAGUCGACCAAAUAUGAUGUUACGAUUCUGGUAGGUUUGGGGACUACCUAGUCAAUGAAAUGGGGGCGAAAGCACCCGGGUUCCUAGUGGUCCAAACGAGAGGAGCUUUGAAAACGAUGAAACCAAAGUUCUUCACGCUCGGUACACCAGUAAGCCCCGUGCUUUGAAACAGCUGCCAACAUGUGGGCGAGGGUAACUUUGCCCAACCAACCAACCAUAUUGUAUUAAGUAAUGCUUUAACACAAGUGUUUGACAGCAGCCGCACCCCAUCUUCUUCACCAAAAAACACUCUUCUUUUCAACCCGUUAAAGACUCUCAGUUCCUCGACCUUCUGCAUCUGUUUGUCUCGGCCAGUAUUGUAAAUAACGUGCAGGUAUACAGAAGCUUCCUGACAGCAUGCUAAUAUAUCCACACACCUGUAAACAUUGUGGGCACUCAUGUUAUUCAGGGGUGAAGUAUUUUCUAAAGCCCGUCUGUAUUCUUGUGCCGUGACGACCUGUAAGCAUACGAACUGUCCGCGAGACGAACCACACGCCUCUGUUAGUGCUGCAGCGUCAUGUUUGUGUUUGCUACUAGAUCCAGGUCCCGUCUGCUACCGAUUUAACGAAAACCGGCCUCGUUAGUGACGGUGGGGCUUCAAGUCUGUACAACAUGUCGAUAUCUGCUUAACUGUGUUGCCCUAAAAAGUAGUGAUAGGUCCAGAAAGAAUAUAAUGACAAUGAAUAUUCUCUUUAAUCGUGCCGUCACUCUUUCAUGUGCGCCUGCAGAGCCGGACGGGCGGAGCUUCGUCUGCAUUUAGGGGCUGUUUGUGCAUAAAAAACGACCUUUUCAAGCCCUGAGGUCUGACGAUUAUACGGUCCUCAAAUCUGUCUUUCAUCAUCAAACAAGCGUUGGUUCAACUCUUCAGCUGCGAAGCAGGAAAAGGGAAGUGAGGAUGUCUGAAACAGUACAUGUAGCCCGCCCCCCUUAGAUCCCAGCCAGUAAAAAUCUUCCAAUUGUCCCUGUUGCUGUGGCAACAUGAUUGGCAGAGUGAGGGAGGGCACGUGGAAAAUAGACGAUCAAAUCUUCAUUACUCUGCAAAUUUGCAAGAAAAAUACGCUUUUUUUUAAUGUCACAAUCCACGUGCUUCACGUUGAAGAUCUGAAAUGUCCUUAUUUAGAUGGCUUUAAAAAGUAGACAGGUCAUUUCAUCUCUCAUUGCUGCUGACCUCUUAGCUUUGUGACCAACAUGCAACAGGAAAUGUAUUAGAGCUCGAUGCACCAUCCAUGAUCAGCGUUCUCCUGCAAAUAUGAGUUUUUAGUCAGAUUUUUUCCCCCUUUAAGACUCAAUUCAGAGUCGACUUCAUUCCGCAGCUCGAAAAACAACCAGAACCUGCAACCACAGAACCAAAAUCACCUCUGAACAAUCACAAAGAUUUGAAAAGAUUUGAAAAGUGGAUUUUUCAAAAGAUAAAACUGAAAGGAGCUGGAUGUUUGAAUGGUAAAAGACAGAUUUAGAGCCGAUAAUCACUUCAUCAGCAGCACGGUCAGGGUCGCUUGGCGUGGCGCCGCCUGAAACGGGCCAAACAACAGACAACAGAGUGUCUUUAUUAAUGUCUUCAUCCAAUAAA